UCUUAAUUCUUGGUAACGAUAUUCUGGAUUUAAUGGAGAGAAUCCAGCGUCCGGCAACGUACUGGGGCAGUCGAAUUGCGGAGGUGGAGACCAAUGGCGGACUCAUACAUACGCCUGAAAUCUGGAUCGUGGCAAUAACCCCCAAUCAGCCCACGCACGAAGCGCCAACAGAGCUCGCGACAUCAGAAGAGCCAUUUGACGCCUUAGUCCAGCCUGUGGAGAGCAAAUACAUGUACAGAGACCCGGAUACGAGCAUGCCGGUGAUGUGGUUAAAGGUCAAUAGCUUGCCUUCCGAGAUCGCCGAAAGCCCUCACAAAACACCUUCACCGGACCUGCGCACAAUUCUGCGUCAUUGGAUCCCCCCAGGAGACCAAAUCAUCGCCCCAGGAAUCAACAAGUUGUCAACAGGAACGCGGCUUUGA